AUGAGGAGGUUUCUUUCUAAUGAAAACAACACUGAGGGAUUAAGUGCUAAGGAGCUUCACAACUCUAUUAAAGCACACUUUAGAAAGGUUUUCCUCUUUGAUAACUUACUUAAUUUCCGUUAUGAUGGGAUAAAUGGUCUGGGUAACCACAUUAAAAGCUUGUUUGAUAUGGCUUAUGAGUUGAAGGCACUUGGAUUAGAUGUGUCCAAUGAGUUUAUGGUCUUGCCAAACCUGGGGAGCAAGGGGAGCAAAGUCUAA